AUGUCCGGCUCACUCACCCACAUCCUCUUCGAAGGGCCCUCCGGCUAUGCCCUCUUCACCGUCAACCUCCAGGAAGAGGUCGCCGCCAAGUCCAAGCAGCUCCAGGACUCCAUCUCCGACCUCGCCAUCUUCUCUCGCAUGGUCCAGCUCGCCUCCUUCCUCCCCUUCACCACUGCCGCCCAGGCUCUCGAAAACGCCAACGACGUUUCUGAGGGUGUUCUCAACCCCCACCUGCAGUCUCUGUUGAGCUUGAUUGUUCCCGAUGCCGCCGGCAAGGGCAACAAGAAGCAGUCUGGCGUCCUCCUUGGUGUCGCCGAGAGGGGUCUUGCUGGAUCUAUCCAGGGAGAGAUGAGCAUCCCCUGCGACACUUCGGAGCGUGCUCUCGAGCUCAUCCGAGGUGUCCGAUUGCACCAGGAGAAGAUCCUGGUCAAGGGCGGUAUGCAGAAGGGCGAUGUCACUGUUGCCCAGCUUGGUCUUGGUCACUCUUACUCUCGUGGUAAAGUGAAGUUCAACGUCAACCGAUCCGACAACAUGAUCAUCCAAGCCAUCUCCCUCUCCGACCAGCUCGACAAGGACCUCAACACCUUCUUCAUGCGAGUCCGUGAAUGGUACGGCUGGCACUACCCCGAGCUUUACAAGCUCGUCCCCGACGCCCACCAGUACGCCCGCCUCGCUGUCCUCAUUGGUGACCGAAACACCCUCACCGACGACUCCCUGGAGGACAUCCAGGAGAUUCUCGACGACGAUGAGACCCGCGCGAGGAACGUCCUUGAUGCUGCCCGAGCUUCUAUGGGAAGUGACAUUGGCGAGAUCGACUUGAUCAACAUUUCCAACUUUGCCGAGCGAGUUGUCAAGCUCUCCGAGUACAGGAAGAGUCUGAGAAGGUACCUCGUGGAGAAGAUGAACAUUGUCGCCCCCAACCUGUCUGCCCUCAUCGGCGAGACCAUUGCUGCCAGGCUCAUCUCUCACGCCGGUUCCCUCACAAACUUGGCCAAGUACCCCGCCUCCACUGUCCAGAUUCUCGGUGCCGAAAAGGCCCUCUUCCGAGCACUCAAGACAAAGGGCAACACUCCCAAGUACGGUCUCAUCUACCACUCCACCUUUAUCGGCCGUGCCGGUCCCAAACACAAGGGCCGAAUCUCUCGAUUCCUCGCCAACAAGUGUUCCAUCGCCUGCCGUAUCGACUGCUUCACGGAUGUGCCCACCAACAAGUUUGGUGAGGCUCUUCGGGCCCAGGUUGAGGAGAGGUUGAACUUUUUCGAGACUGGUACGCCAGUGGGCAAGAACGCGGAUGCCAUCAAGAAGGCUUUGGAGGCCGUUGCUGCGGACUUGCUUGACGAUGAUGAGGAUGACGAGGAGGCGACUGAUGAGGAGAUUGCCGAGGCUGCCAAGCAAGUGGAGAAGGACCAAAUAGCCGCCGCUGCCGCUGCCAAGGACGCUCCCUUCGACCCCGAACUCGCUCGUCUUGCUGCUGAGGCUUCUUCGUCUACGCCUUCCAAGUCCAAGAAGGACAAGAAGGAUAAGGACUCCAAGAAGGACAAGAAGAAGCGAAAGUCGGAAGCGAUGGACGUUGACGUCGACGAGGCCAAGGAGGAGAAGAAGAGCAAGUCGGAUAAGAAGGAGAAGAAGAGCAAGUCGGAGAAGAAGGAGAAGAAGGAAAAGAAGGAAAAGAAGGAGAAGAGCUGA